AUGGACCCCAACCACUGGGCUACUCAAUUCCCAAAAUGUGGAGGGUUACGCCAGUCACCGAUUAACAUCGUGACCAGCAAAGUCCACAUCGACAUCGCCCUGUCACCUUUCAACUUCAUUGGCCACACCGACACAAUCAACAUGACAGUGGAAAACAAAGGGCACUCUGCCCACUUUGCUUUGCCGCCGUCUGUUCGAUUCAUUGGGGGAGCUCUGCCAGGUCACUACAGAGCCGCCCAAUUUCACCUCCACUGGGGAGGGAAUGGGAGACCAGGAUCAGAGCACACCAUUGACGGAGAGAGAUUCCCCAUGGAGAUGCACAUUGUCCACAUUAAGGAGCCGUACAGCUCUCUGGCGGAGGCCGAACAUGACACAGCAGGUAUAGCUCUGCUCGCCUUCCUGUUUGAGUUUCCCACAUCAGGGCACAAUAAGCUUUAUUCAGUCCUGACUUUGCUUCUUUCUUUGUCACAUGAAGGCAGCACCACAGUGAUCCCAAACUUUAGACUCGGUGACAUUAUCCCAGCUGCAAAGGACCUACAAGGUUACUACCGCUACGUGGGCUCCAUGACAACGCCGGGAUGUGAGCAGGCAGUUGCCUGGACAGUGUUUCACAGGAAGCUGGCCAUCAGUAGUCGACAGGUAAGCAAGAAUAAAUAAGUGAAAGAGAUAAAAGGCUCACAGUAGAGAAACUAGUGCUUUUGGUUGCAUUUCAUCCAUAAACCUGUGAACCUCCAAACGGACAUUUCUUUACUCUUUCACAAUGUAAACAAAAACAGCAUAUUUGAAGAAGUUAUGGAGACGUGAUAUUAAAAUGCAAAAUAAAACUAUUAAAACUACAAAAGUAGAAAACGCCUGGGGGAAGAAAAAAACUUUUCAGAAACACUUUGCAUUUAAGAGGUCAAGACCUACAACAACUUUCCUUCUUUAAACAACUCUUCAUCUCCUCAAACACAUUUUUUCCCUCUCCACUUCACAGCUGGAUGCGAUAGUUAAGCAGUGUCGCUUUUGGACAGGGCAGCCCAUGACUGACAUUUUCCGACCUACGCAGCCGCUGGAUGGCAGGAUUGUGUACUCCUCAAAGUCGGGUACAGCUCAGACAACUGCGACACAUUUUUGGUGUCUGUUUUUAUCAUUUGUGACUGUUACGCUGGGUCUGGCACACUGAAUGAGCAGCAAGAAAUGGGCAUAGUCUUCAAGUCUGAACAGCGAAGCCAACGCACAAAGUCUUAAAUCUGCAUUUUUUCUUAUGGCCAGCAGGGAGUGACUUCUCAAAGUCUGAUUGUGUAUAUAUACAGUUCUGUGAAAAAGUAUUUGCCCUUUAUAACCCCUUCCUUGGGUUAUAACUUCAGCAAACAUUUUCUUGAUGAAUCUUAGUCACAUGAUAAAGCAUGAUGUAUCGUUAAUAAGUAAUGGUCCCUUUUUGAGUUCAGCAGAAGUACAUAGAGCUAGAUACACACAGCUCAGCCUUCCUCUGCAGAUCAGAGGGUAUGCAAAAAUUAGAGAUGCAAAGAAAUGUUUUUAUUAAAAAUGCCACUGCUACCCUUAAAAGGGCCAGUUGUUUUGCGUUAACUAUUGGUAAUGUAUUCAUACUUAAUCAUUUUUUAAGAUGAUCCAUUUUUCCUGACAAAUUACCAUCAAUUAAAGUUGAUCACAUCAGCAGCAAUGCCCACAUUUAGGUACAUGACUGCCAGGCAGUGCCUCGUACAGCCCUAUUAGAUAGUUUUCUCCUAGCACCACCAUCAGCAGUGUCAAACUUAUUUCCUUAGAGAUUAUUAAAGUGUUCUGAUUCUGAAGAUACUGGAUUGUUUGUCCUUAAAUCUGUACAGAUUCACAUAUUGUACUGAGCAGAAUGAUAACAACAGCCUUUAGAGGAACUGGUCUCAGUCACCAAACUAAUUCGGUAGUGGUGUGAAAAUGAUUCAGGCAAGUUUUGACUAAAAUGUGAGUGCACUCGGCUCCUGUAGCCUGAUGUCGCAGCUAUGGUGGAGCAUGCAAAGAAUGGCAGCUUCCACAGUAAUACUAGUUAAAACAGCUAACUGGGCGUGUUUCAUAAAUGCAAACAUAUAUGUGCUAUUUAAGAAGACCUUCUUCCUAUAUUUACUUUCUUCCUCCCCACCAUAGACAUAUCUGAGCUACAUGAACGUUUUCUGGUGAUUUGAAGGGAUGCAUGAUGAUUCUUUGGGAUUUUUCUCUUUGUGGAAAGAAGCUGAAAGAAAGAAAAACAAACCGAUCAACUGAUUCAGACCAGACCAAUUUAAAACGUUGAAACCAUAAAGCAGCACCAUCUUCAUCUCAAACAGAAAUUUGUAUGAUGAUCAAAUUUAAUUAGCACAUGCCGACUUCAGCUGAAGCCGCUAACAUGGCAGUAGAUUUGAAUUUGAAAGUAUUACUGACUUCAAUUAUGUCAGUAUUUCUGACCUAGGAAACUGAAAACCAACAUAGUAUGUGUGUGAGCUUUAGUACCCUGCAGCACUUGGGGCUUUAGGGGGGGAGGUCAGUUUUUAAUAUUCAUGUUUUACUGCUUUAUAUUAACGCUUAUUUUCUCCUAGAUGUUUUUGUGGACAAAAGUAAUAAACCGAUAUAUAGAAUUAGAGGUUUAACAUAUUUUUCUUCCUUUUUCAAAACAUGAGAGAUUCUUUAAAUAAUAACCUUUAUUCUACUAUUUUUGUCGUUGCUUUUCAUGUAUAUAUUUGUAUCUUUGUUGUUUAGAGUUUAACAAAGCAUUUGGUAAUUAAGGCAUCUCAUAAAUGUACCUGUGCAUGUUUUAAUUAAGAUCUAAACUCCAGUAAUCCUCCAGCAAUCCAAUGAGCAGUAUGUAGAGUGGUCGCCCCAUGAUAGGAAGGUCGGGGGUUCGAAUACACUGAACAGCUACCCUGAGGUACCACUUAGCGAGGCACUCUCCCUACACACUGAUCCCCGGUGCGCCUGCCCUCUGCUUCCCUGAGUGAAUGGGUCAAAUGCAGAGACAGUAAUUUCCCCACGGGGAUCAAUGAAGUAUACAUUAAUAUUGAUCCUCUGCCAGAGUAAUAACUUGUUCUUGACUUCUUAUGAUGUGCAAAAUCCAAAGCCAAAACUUCAAU